ACGGCAAUUGACACGAUGGCAAGUAUUCUAUUCUGUUUCCUGGGAAGUCUUCUCCUCCUUCAAGCACUUGAGGUGCGUUCAAAGUCCAUGGAAAGGAUCGUCAAUGGUAAACAGGCUGCAGAAGGACAAUUUCCUUACAUUGUCUUCCUUCGAGUUCUACUAAACGACUCAUGCCUCUCGUGUGGCGGCAGUAUAAUAGCGAAUGAUUGGAUUCUAACUGCAGCACAUUGCACCCAAAGGGCACAACGUGUUAUUAUCUAUUAUGGAUCAAUUGAAAUAGCUAAGGCCCAAGUUGUAGUUGAAGUCCAAGCAAGUAGCAUCAUUCAACAUCCUAAAUAUGACAGAACAGUUUUAACGAAUGAUAUCUCAUUGAUACACAGUAAAUGGGUAGAUUUCAAUGAUCGCAUUCAAAGGAUUGCCUUGCCAAAGCCUAAACAGGUUGGCGAAUCAUUCGACGCUCAAUGGUCACUAGUUGCGGGCUGGGGUUCGACUUUUGAUUACAAGUUAGUUGCAAUUCCUGAACUAUUGCAGUGGGCGAGCUUGCAUAUAACUCCCAAGCAUUGGUGCAAAGUGGCUUAUCCACAUAUCACAGAGAAUGAUCUUUGCGCGGGCUCACCAUACCGACAAUCCAGUUGCGCUGGCGAUUCUGGUGGACCUCUUGUCCUUAUUAAAGAAAAUAUAAUUGUAGGUGUGACUUCACACGGUCACGGAUUGGGUUGUAGGUAUGGUUUUCCAGGUGUUUAUAUUAGAGUUUCUAAAUACUUGGAUUGGAUACGUGAAAAUUCGAAUGUAACUUCUUAAUAAUAUUUGCGAUUCAGGUUCUUACUAUGUUGCAGUAAUAUUUGAAAAUGAAGUUUAAAUAAAUUGUAUGGCAAUUGUAAAACCUAUAAAGAGGAUGGUAUAUAGGAUUAAUAUCUA